AUCAAGAAACAUAUGCUCUACACAUGCUCUUCAUAUCGUACCUUGACAUCCCCGACAGCUAGGAGUCUCUUUAACUCGAGUCUGCAUACUCCUCUCACCCAUCAUGGCUCUUGAUACCUUCAAACCCGCUCUUAUCAUCGUCGAUCUGCAAGAAGACUUCUGCCCUCCGGUAAAGUGUGACCAUGUUCAUUUGACGCCUCGAGUUAACCAACUGUCAACCAGAAUGGAGCCCUCGCUGUUCCCAACGUAAGAGAUAUCAUCGCUUUCGUCAAUCAGCUUCUCAAGCUUCCUUUUACCAUCAAAGUUGCGACGAAAGACUGGCAUCCCACGGAUCACAUAUCAUUCGCCGCAAACCAUCUAGAUAAGAAACCUUUCAUCGAUGUCACAACCAUCACGAACCCUGCAAACGAAAAUGAAAAGUAUGAAAGCAGGUUAUGGCCUGUGCAUUGCGUGCAAAAUACUCCCGGUGCAGAACUCGUUCCUGAGCUGCACGUGGACAAAAUUGACAGGAUCGUAGAGAAAGGGACGAGGAAGGAGGUAGAGAUGUACAGUGCAUUCUAUGAUCCGCUCGUGUCCCCCAGGUGCAGUGAUAGUGGUCUAGCAAGUCUACUGAGAGAGAACGAGAUUACAGACUGCUUUGUGGUUGGGUUAGCGUUUGACUAUUGUGUCAAGGCUACGGCUUUGGAUAGUGCCAAGGAGGGAUUCAAGACUUGGGUAGUUGGAGAGGCCACGAGGGCCGUGGAUGCGACUGUGUGGGAGGAGGUGGUAGUGGAGUUGAAGGCUGGAGGUGUCCAAGUUGUUGAAUUGAGUGGGGAAGAGGUUGAGAAAGUUAGGAGUCUAUGAGAGAGUAUGAAGUAUAGAUCAGUAAAUUCUUCGUU